GAAAUUUUGGAAAUUGUGUUGAACAUUCAAUGGAACUGUCAUCUGUAGUAAUCCCAGAUGGGUAAUCUGCUUAAACUUGUCUAUAAAGGAGUGGGUAACUGUAAGUUGUGUAAAUAUGUUAUUAUGCAUGGAAAUAUAACAUUGAUAGCAGUAGGAAUGCUUGGAUUUAUACUUGUUAUAAGUGGAAAAUUUUCUUCGCAGAGUUCUUAAUACAAUGGUCUUUAUGUUUACUUGGAUACAUUUACUGUAAUCCAAGCAAUCAAUGCAUUAGGAUUUGGUAAAUUUCAAGUUAAAUUGUCUUUAUUUACGGGACUCUGCUGGAUGGUAGACAGUAUGGAAAUAACAAUAUUAAGUAUUUUAAGUCCAUCAUUACAUUGUGACUGGGGUAUAACUAGAUAUCAGCAAGCUUUAACAACUACGGUUGUUUUUUUAGGUAUGAUGUUAAGUUCUACAUUUUGGACUAAUUUAAGUGAUAGAUACGGUAGCAAACAGUCAUUGACUUUAUGUGCAGUAUUAUUGCUUUACUAUGCUUUUUUAAGUGCCUUUGCACCGAAUUUUCUUUGGAUCUUAUUGCUUAGAGGAUUAGUUGGUUUUGCUAUUGGUUGUGUACCACAAUCAGUAACAUUGUAUGCAGAAUUUCUACCAGCAAAACAAAGAGCUAAAUGUGUCAUUUUAUUAGAUUGCUUUUGGGCACUUGGUGCCUGUUUUGAGGUAGCAAUAGCAUUAGUAGUAAUGCCAACUUUUGGUUGGAGAUGGCUUCUCAUUUUAUCCACAAUACCACUUCUUGUAUUUGCUAUUAUCACUCCAUGGUUGCCAGAAUCUACAAUAUUUGAUAUGACAAGUGGCAGAAUGGACAAAGCGGUUUCAACUUUGGAGCGGGUAGCAAGAGAAAAUAAAAAACCUUUACCGCCAGGAAGACUGGUUAUGGAUCGCUUUUACCAAGUUAAUCAUGGUAAAUUAAAAGACGUCUUAAGUAAAGAAAUGUGUAGAACAUCUACUUUACUUUGGCUUGUGUGGAUGAGUACAGCGUUUUGUUAUUAUGGUGUAGUAUUAAUGACUACAGAACUAUUCCACACAUCAUCUGAACAAUGUAGCUCUUGGGAAAACAAGAAAGAAGAUACUUGUCAAUUAGACUGUAGUUUGGAACGUAGUGAUUAUAUUGACCUUCUCUGGACAACGUUAGCCGAAUUUCCGGGAAUUUUUUCCACUAUUUUUGCAAUUGAAAAAAUUGGUAGAAAAAAGACAAUGGCGUUUCAGCUAGUAAUGUUUGCUGUGUUAAUUUGCUUUUUAGGCAGAGCUUGUCUAUUAAGCAGAGUAGUAUUGACACUUGCAAUUUUUCUAGCUCGAGGUUUAAUUGCUGGCGUAUUUCAAGCAGCUUAUGUAUAUACUCCGGAAGUAUAUCCGACACAUUUACGUAGUAUCGGUGUUAGUACUUGCAGUGCUAUGGCUAGAAUUGGUGCAAUGGUUACACCAUAUAUAGCACAAGUAUUUCUUCAGUGGUCUAUCACUGGAGCAAUGGCAAUUUAUGCUAUAGCAGCAUUAUGUGCUGCUGCAGCUACUCUCGCUUUACCUGUUGAAAUGAAAAGUCAAUCAGCAAAUGAUUCGUCUCACGAAACAAGAUAAGAUAAAUUUGUUUUGUUUUUAUUUUUCACUGAUAUUGUUGAAGUUGUUUAGAAAAAAUAUAUAUUUUCUUCGAUAUAAUGGUAGUUUAUCAGUGCAUCGUUGUUGAAGUACUAUUAUAUAAUAAAACAAAUCUUGUAUUCGUUGAUAUACAUUUAUUUCAUCUUUUUACAAUCGUAUAAUUACAUGUAUACUUAAUUAACAUUU